UUUUUAUCAGAAAUUGUAAUGAUUCAAUUUUGUGUUGUAUGUUAUUGCAUUGAUUCUCGAAACUAAAAUAGAACUGAAAGAAUAAGGUAUUCAAUUGUGAAAAAAAUUACUUCAUCAGUAUUGCAUUGAACCUAAAAGAAGCGACAUUAUUUUAGAAAUGUACUUUUUCUGCGACUUUUUAAUUUUUAGCUGUUUAUUUGUCAGUGGUUUCCAUUUUGGAUACUAUUGCAAAUACACUUAUAUUUAUCGCAGUUUAUGGCUGAAUUGGUUUGUACUAUUCGGAGUUUUGUUGUGCCUACUUUUAGCGGUGGGAUGGACGCUGCGAAAACAUAAAAAGAGGAAAUAUUUAUUUGAGAAUUUCUAUAUCGUGUUUUAUGGUCUAAUAUGUAGUGUUAUAAGUGCAGUUUUCUUAAUAACUGAGAAUACAGAUAUUUCAUUCUACUUCAUAUUCAUGUCGAUGGUUGUAAUCUACUUACCCUGCUAUAAUUACAUUUCGUUGCGGUGUGAUUCACAUGGUUCAAGGCCAGCACGUAUUGCACUUGGCAAUACUAUAUACUUUGCAGGUCUUACUGCAGGGUUUUCAAUCUUUAAUGAUAUGGAACCGAAACGAUGUGCUUGGGUACUAUUUGGAAUUUCCUUGUUUGCUAUAGUCUGCGUCAUUAUCAAUGAAGUCUUACAACAAUAUCGUAUUCAGGAUUAUAAAAGCUCUUGUGAUCUUGUCUUUAAUUUAAUGAAUGAGGAGAAAUUGAUUUAUGCUCCAAGAAAAUCAGUACUGACGCUUUUUGUAGGACGAGACGAAUACUAUUUUAAGCGCAACAUUCAGUGGAUGGUAGUGGGUAUGUCAGUAGUUGUUACAGUAGAGAGGUGCUGUUUAUAUUCAAUGACUUACCUCACUCUCAUGUACCGAUCCACCAUUGGUUACACUCAGAGCAACUAUUUGUACUUGCCUUAUCUAUUAUACGUGAGUGGAUGUGCACUGGGCUCGCUCUUGAUGUUGCGUUACAAACCCAAACUGAUUUAUCUGAUGUUCGGCUUAAUUAAAAUAACAAUCGCAACAGCUAUAUUGGGUGUAUAUGAUGAUAAUUUUCCAGAACAUUGCUUCAUACUAUUAUGCUUCUAUUACAUCUGUAUGGGUGUUUAUUCCAGCAUUGGUAUACAAAUGUUGCUAGAAUGUUCGCCGUUUCUUUAUACGGAACUAACUUUGGCCGGAUCAUAUACCCUGGAGCUAACAUUAAUGGAAAUUUCCAAGCUUGAGAUCGUGAAUGAGGAUGAAAAUGAGUGGACGAUGCUCUUAGUUUUAAGUGUAACAACUAUUUUCCUAACGAUCUGCAGUAUUUGCUUGAUACAACUUUUUUUAAUCGAUUCGGUGGGUCUAGUCGAAAUUCGUAAUCGUCUGUUAGGCAUACACAGGUUACCAGUGAAAUCAUACGAUAAUAAGUUAUAUAAAAAUAAUUUUUUCCUACAAAUGGAAAUUCCAUCGAAUGUUUCAAGUGUUGUUUUAGAGAACAAUCGUGUAUUUCAACAGUAUCCGGCAGAAAAUGACAAAAAUACAAAAUUAUAAUAAAAAUAAAUUUUUCAACGAUAAAUAUAUGUACGUAUGUACAUUAGACCGACUCUUGCUUUGUUUUAUGAAGAUUCCCAAAAUAUUUUAAGUCUAGCGAUGACCGUUCGUGAGCUGGACCAAAUUAAAAAAGGUAUUUUAGACUUAUUUUUUAUUCAAAUUUUAGUUUUGGGGUAUCGUUUGAAAGUGGGUUUAAAGCCGCGUCCAAUGAUGUAUUAAUCAUAAAUAACCGUCUGCUGUCAUAUACCAAAAUAUUUAAAAUUGUUAAGUUUUUCAUUAAUAAAAAUAAAAUAUGUGCACAAUGUAUGCAAAUUUUGCAAACCACUAGACCUGGCUUUAAAACCCUUUCGAAUGAUACCACAUGUUUUAAGAAAUGACUGUAAAUUUAAAAAAAAUAACUAAAAAGGGACUUUUUUGUAAUUGGUGCUGCUCACGAACGGUCAUAGAUAGACUAGAAAUAUUUUGGGAACCAUCAUAAAACAAAACAAAGAUUUUUUUGAAGCUAGGUAAAAUACUGAAUUGAGCAUGAAAAAUUGUGUCCCCCAUACGAUUUUUUCUUGAAAACUGUCGGACAACACUAAACCCAAAAUAUUUUGGGUAACAUCAUAUUACAUAAUAGCGAAUAUUUUAAGGGGUAACUCAAGCAUCAUUUUUUGUGAGUCGGUCUAAUGUACAUAUAUUUAUUUUUGUAACCAAUUGUACUCAGUAAAGGUAAUUCUAAUUAAAACAAAAGUGUAAAUCGAGAAGGUCUUAAUCUGAAACUACACCUUUAGCUCCAAUAUUGACUGUAUGGGUUGGAAUGGUGAUGUUUUUAAUAACACUGUACGUAAAAUUACAACUUUCAAUAAGACACAGAAAAACGUCAAAACUUUAUUUUCGGUCGUAGAAUCUAGUGGCAUACUCCGUUUUGAAAAGAUGGGUCAAAAUCGGGAAAUAUUGCAUUUUAAAGUUUAAACUGUUUCUGAGGUGAUUUUUAAUUAUUUAAAUUUAAAAAACAAAACUCUCACGCAUAGAAAAGUAAAUAAAUACACAAAACUAGAGUCCAUUUGAAUUAUUAUGCGUAUAUGUAUGUAUACUUAGUUUUUUAUAAUUAAUUCGUAUGUCUAUGCGUGAAAACUUUUUUCAAAAUUUAAAAAAAUAGAAAAAAUUACCUCAUAAAAGUUCAUACUUUAAAACGCAGUAUCUCCCGAUUUUGAACCAAGAACUGAAUUAUUUGAAAAAAUCGGGCGAUUUUUUCAAUUAAUUUUUCACUCGUUUAAUUUUUACUUUAUCCCACAGAGAAAAAUUCCUAACAAAAAGGCAAUUAUGUAUUUAAAAAUUAUAUUUUAAUAAUAAAUAUGUAUAUCGAAUGAAAAUGUAUGAUUUUGUUAAAAAUUGAU